AUGGACUCUACAAUAUUUCCUGGGCCUCCGACCGUCGUCCAGCAUGUCGUUCAAUCCCAUACAUCGCAUGACAAAAAGCACGUCUUAUUAAAAAGAGAGACCAUAGAGCUGACACAACUAUCAAGCAAUCUCACACUGGCAAGCAAUCUAAGCGACAAGCCUCUACCUGUAUCGAGAAAUUUCGAGAAGAAUCUUAACAGACAAACAACAGAGGCGGACGGUGAAAUCGAAGUCGAGCCCAGUCAUCCACGUUCCGAUGCACCAGAAGACCUCAAAGAUGCUCGGAACGACGCAUCGCAAGAGCGUACGUCUGUAUCUUCCACUAGUGACGAGGAGGAGGAGGAUGCCGAUACAACAUCACCUCUCACCAGUACACCGCCGUCCGAAUGCGGUGUUACUGAACCGUCGACUGAGAUAUUCGCAUUGAGUGCGUCAGCACCCACAAUCGUGCCGGAGCUGUAUGCGGAAAACAUUAUUGCAAAAGCUUUUCGUACCGCACAGACUGCCUUAGGAACACUCCCAUUUGCCUUUCCCGAGAUUGUCUCACAAGAUACGGGCGCCGACGGGACUUAUACUUUGCGCGAAGCCGACUUCUGGACAUGUGGCUUCUUUCCUGGCACCUUGUACCUUCUUCUCGAGCGAUUGAUACGGUUCCCGCAAAGCUUACGGCUCAAAGAUCGAGAUAUCCGGCUACAAGACCUGCGUAGCCAGCUGGCCACGCUGUGUCGCGCAUGGAGUGAGCCCAUUCGUGGUAUGGAUACUAGGAAAGAUACUCAUGACAUCGGUUUUAUCAUCAUGCCGGCGCUGCGGUUGGAUUGGGAGCUGUUCAAUAACACACAGAGCCUCGAUUCGAUCGUUCGAGCAGCACACAGCUUGGCGACCAGAUACGUGCCCUCCGCGCAGGCGAUCAGGAGUUGGGAUCUGCUGAAGAAGAAAGACAUCGAAAUCUUAGAUCAGACCGAGAAUAUGAUUGUCAUCAUAGACAGCAUGUGCAAUUUGGACUUGCUGUACUAUGCAUCUCAUCAUGCGCAGGAACCAGGCCUUGCUGAGGUGGCGACCGCGCACGCUCUUACGCUUUUGGGCUCACACUUGCGCCUGGAGCCUGUAUUGUCGUCAUCAAAUGAUGCAUACAACGGUCAGUGGUACUCAACGUGCCAUGUUUCCAUCAUUGACCCCCGGACUGGAGAAUUAAAGCGUCGAUUGUCAGCUCAAGGAUACGCACACGAGUCGACUUGGGCUCGGGGACAAGGGUGGGGCAUCCUCGGAUAUGCUGAGACAUACACAUGGACAAAAGAUCGCCGGUUUUUGGAGGCGUCCUGUGGGCUUGCGGAGUACUUCCUGCAUCGGAUGGAGGUAGCACCAGCUUGUGUCGGUAGGAGAGGCCGAUAUGUGCCCUUGUGGGACUUCGAUGCGCCCAUCGAGAAUGAGGAGAAUCCCCUGCGAGAUUCCUCUGCUGGUGUCAUAGCGGCGAACGGUAUGCUUAUACUGUCGCAAGCAUUGGCAAUGAUUGGUCAACCAAGACUUUCCUUGCGGUAUCGCGAUGCAUCACUGAGGAUUGUACGGGACACAUUGGACUUCGCCCUCGCGCCGGAGAAGGCUCGGCUGGCUCCAGCACCGUAUGGGCACAUCAGAGCCGAAGACGAGCUUUCCGGUGUACGGUUUGACGGAAUGCUAAAAUUCGGUACAGCGAAUUAUAACGCACAAGCAAGGAAGCGUUACGCGAACCACGGCCUGGUGUAUGGCGACUACUAUUUGGUCGAAUUCGGUAACCGAUUGCUCCGAAUGGGAUUGUAUUAG